GGAAACCACGCAAACAGUUUACAGCUAGCUUCACACAACGCAGCUAUCACGUUUGAUAGACAGCGAGUCCUGGAGAUUGAAAAACAAAGAUUGUGUCGUGGUGUUUUGUUAGGGUUUAGUCAGCUAAAUCACCUGGGUUAUAUCCGUUCUCCGCAAGAAUAGAUACUUUUUUGUCUGGCAGUAGCUAAUUGUGUUCACGCAUCUACCAUUGCUAGCUAUUGUGAAGUGCAUAGCCGGGCAGCGUUAACGUCAAUGAGAGCUAACAUUAACUUGAGGUCGGAAUCGAAAAUCAUCAGUGGUCUUAUUUGACGAUGGUUCUGUGAUAAAAGGAGCUCCAGACGUCCGGCUGUGCAGUCCUGCGGGGCACACCACAGAACUACGGAAAAACGGGAGUAGCCAAGGGCUAAGGUUAUAUGGCUAGCUGUGUGGUUUGUGUUUGCUCUCCUCACUGCCACGGUGCCGUGUAGCUGUCCACGUCUCGUCUGCUGUGUUUAACGUUGCCAGCUGAGCUAGGCCACGUCCCUGCGGGCGUAUUUCAUUUACCCCACUGACAUCGGGAGAGUUGCAGAGAAGAUGUCCAGUGUGCGGAAGGAGGAAGGAGCGUGAAAAUCAGUAGAAAUGUGAAAAGUCUUGGACAUUCAUGACUGUCUGUCGGUGUAGUGUCUUCAUUUGCGAACGGUUGCCGCAUAGACGCGGCAUGUCACGUAGACGGAUGUGUUUUACAGCAGGAGAAUACUACCGUUGAGCUUUGUAUGUUGCGGUAACAGCUUAAAGUUACGAUACGCUUUAUUUUUGAAAUGGUUGGAUUUGGUGCAAACCGACGGGGAGGCCGCCUCCCGUCCUUCAUCCUCAUCUUUUUGAUGGUGAUCAUCGCUAUACUGUCUUUCAACUACUGGACAGUGUCCAACAAGCACGGCCGCUUGCUGGAUGAGCUGGCGGAGGCACAGACGCAGGUGAAGCGGACGGACGCGGCGCGGAGUCGGCUGGAGAAGCGGAACUCGGAGCUUAUGGUGCAGGUGGACACGCACAGGAAGCAGAUCGACCAGAAGGAUGGAGACUACAACGUCCUGGAGGGCAAGCUACAGGCCCGAGAGGCUCUCAUCAAAAAGUGCACUGAUGAUAAGAUGAAGCUGCAGAAUGAUGUUACAGCCCAAAUGACAGAAAUCCAGAGGCUGAAAGAGCAGCUAAAGGACCUCAAGCAGGAGUUCAUGAAACAGGAAGAGCAGCUACGAGAAGUGAAGAAAAAUAGCACUACCUUGGAAAGAAAACUAGAGUAUGAGAGUUUACAGUGUGGACGUCAGAUUGCACAGCUAAAAGAUGAAUAUGAAGACACAAAAAAGACUCUGGAGGAAGAAGCAUCAAAACUAAGACAGGCGGCGAUGGGUGGCCAGAAGGGCGUAGUGGCAGCUAGACAUGCAGAUGUAGCACCUGGUGGAGAGAUGGUUGGAGAGCGCCAUACAGUGGCCACUCACCGACGUGACAGUCCUGAUUUAAAAGAAGAGAUGGGUAAGCCUGGCAGUGAUGCUGGCAUGCCUGGUAUUGAAGACAGUGAGGUGGGAAAAAUGGAUGACGUACAAUUUGCCUUGAAGAAACCAGCCAUCACUCAGAAGCAAGUUGAUGCCCCUGAUGUAGUUGUGGGAGCAGGUGUUGGACCGGGAGUCGGGGCAGCUGAUGGCCCUGGGGGCCAGGGAUUGUCCCUGGAUCAGCCCAAGCUCCAGCAGGACAAAGUUGAUGGCCGAGCAGCAGUGGUUGCACCUCCGGGCAUUGUCAAACAGGCAGGGAAGGCGGUAGUGUUUGAAGAAGAUAACAAGGCAGGUAUCAAGGCAGACGAGCUGGGAGAACAACAAAGACAACUUCGAGCUCCUGAUAAUGUCAUGGGUAACAGCGAACACUUGAAGGGGAUUCCUUUGCCCCCCAACCCAGCCCAGGUGCCCAACCCCAUCCAGCCUCACCGCGCCAAAGAUCAAGCUCCGGCAGAGCCAGUACACCACCGCCAAAGCCGUUUCUUUGAUGAGAACGAGUCCCCAGUAGAUCCGCAACACGGCUCUAAGCUAGCGGACUACAAUGGGGAUGAUGGGAACGUGGGUGAGUAUGAGGCCGACAAGCAGGCCGAGCUGGCCUACAAUGAGGAAGAGGAUGGUGAUGGUGGGGAGGAAGACGUACAAGAUGAUGAUGAUCGAGACAUGCAAGGAGACCGUGCUGUGGAUUAUGGGAAAAGACAUCAAGCCAUUGACAUUCUUUGAAUGGGAACUCCAACUCCAACUCAUUAAAAAUAUUCAGAACUUCCUCUACAACCAAGGUCUUUCUUGACAAAAUAGUUUGAACAUAAAUAUGUUGAAGAAUUUAUAGGGUGCAUCCUCAAUGUCAUGGACUAUUUUGAAGAACAGACAUUGUAACUAAUGAAUUAAUUCUGAAUAACUUAAUACAAAGAAAAAAAAAUCAUGGCAUUGUCCUGAGUCACUGUUGAUUUGCUAAUGGUUCUAAGUUGUGACAGUAGAGAUGAUAUCCUGCAGACUGACUGAUUUGGUAUUUGAUAACUGCCUCAGUUUAUGAUGGAGAGAUCUAAAAGAGCACUGUUGACUCACACCUGAACUUCACGGUCAAACUGUUUUGUUUUUGCUAUUUUCCUUUUCAGGUAGCUGUGGCUUGAUUAAAAACUCCUCACCUGAGAUGUUUAUCAAAGACACUAAUUCGGCAUUAUGCCUUUCUAACAUAAUUUUGGGACUUGUACAUGGAAGACCUUUUUUUUUCCUCGUUUACAGGAGUGGGAAUGCAUUACAAAUGCCAAGGACUUUGCUUAUGGCCUAUUAAAUCAAUUUGUUUUCUUCAAGACAGACACUCAAAGUGUUCCUCAUUCUGAUUUUUUCUAAUAAUGCCAUUGCAUGAAUUUCAAACUUUUUCUUAAUAAUUAAACUGAGCAAAAUACUGAUGCUUAAGCAAUAUUUAGAGCAAUGUUAGUAUCCUCCACAGUGUGCAAAGAUUAACAACGCACAUGUGGACAUGACCUUCUGUACACAUGCUUCCAUUAAUGUGGUCUUUUGUACAUAAUGUAGUUGAACUGUUGCCGUUUGUACUGAGGAAACCUUUAGGGAAAUCCAUGAACAUGAACACAGUUCUGUUUGUUCAGCCAGGAAAAUUGAUUUCUCAUGGAAAGGCACAUUGAAUGUAAUUUAAUUUUAUUAAAGGUGAUGCUUCAUGUCA